GCCCUCCCAUAUGCCAUUUAGCAUCUGCUCAUAAGCUAGGUGGACCAUCCCGUACCAUGUCGGUGGGAUAAGAAGUGACUCCCGGUAACUUGUUUCGAGUAUUUUCACUUGCGAUCCACGCUGAAUAAUACGCAUCACUGCUACUCGCGCCUGCAUAUGUACCGCAUAACGCGCAGUAUCGCGUAACGAACCGCGCUCACGAAAAUUCUAUCCACACACCGUCAGAAAGUGUUAAAAAAAAAAAAAAAACAGUAUUCGCAAAGUGCAUCGGGAAUUGUCCAUUUUUCCCAAGAGACAAAACGUGGAAAUUGCUUUGAAAUAACAAAAAAAAAAAAAAAGAGGACAAAUCAACACGUAGAGAUAAGUGUGCGGAGGCCACGCGAUAUACCGAAGAUGUUGAGGAGAAGAGUAUUUUUUAUGUUGUUACUUUUUGCCGUGGUCCUGGCGCAUCCUGUGACGGAAAGUCCUGCGGAGGGUAGCGGUUCCUCGGUUAUUGAAUUUUCCGAAGAUUUUACGGAGGACGAAAUCCAGGACGAUGCAGGACAGCGAGAAGCGGCUCUGACAAAAUUGCAGCAGAUUUUCGGGAUUCCGGAACCCAGUGAGAGGUCAAACCGUCACAAAAUUCCCCCACAAUUCAUGAUGGAACUUUACAACACGAUCGCGGAUCCGAGCGGAGUAACGCGCGGAAAAAAUCCCUACAAUGCCAAGGUCGUUCGAAGUUUCAUUGAAAGAGACAGUUCCAUGGCUCAUUAUUACCUCUUCAACAUUUCUGGCCUCGAAAUGAACGAGUCAGUCCUGGAAGCCGAGCUCCAUUUAUACCGGAAACGAACUCCUCUCAAGGCGAUGCAUCCGGCUGUGCUUUCCUCGCCGUAUUACCUGAUUCGCGUGUAUCAGGUUCUAGAUCAGCAUCAACUGGACACUCCGGAUUUGCACAGACUCCUCAACGUCCACUACGUCGGAGCCCACGCGUCGGGUUGGCAGGUUUUCAACGUGAAGCAGGCUGUUCUUUCAUGGGUUUCCGGCACCCCGAAUCUCGGGCUAUUGGUAACAGCGUCAAACAUUUUCGACGACGAGGCAGUUGUUCACUUCUCGCGUCGCAAUGAUUAUCACCACAGCAAGCAGCCGAUCCUCGUGCUAUUCGACGACGACGGUAAAGAUCGUCCGUUGGGCGAGAACAUCGUUCCCCACUAUUACAAAUACGCGAAUGACCUCGACGAAGAGGAAGAGGAGGAUGAAGAUGGAGGAAACGAAGACGAAGAUGAAUUUGAAAAAGCCGAUUACGGUAUUCGAAAACAACUCGCUAGGGUAAAUAAGGACAUCGGGUCACGCGGUCGUCGCGAUGCUUCUUCGUCGAAGAAAGCAACGCGAAGAAUCGUCUCGACCACCCCUAACGUAUCGGGUGCUCUCAGUUCGAUGGAUAUUUACACGCGGGCUGUGAUGCGCAAACGAUUAGCCAGGCGGAAAAAUACUUCCGCCAAUAGGAACGAACAAUUUUUGGCGAACGAUUCUACACUCGGACGUCGUACCUCGCGUUCAGCGCCCACAGAAUUUUCAUCAAACUCCACUUCCGAGGUAAACGUAACGGAAUGUGCGCGCCACGAGCUCUACGUUGAUUUCGAAGAGAUUGGCUGGUCAGAUUUCGUAAUCGCACCGAAAGGUUACUCAGCUUAUCAUUGUAAAGGUCACUGCAAUUUUCCCCUCAGCCAGGGACAGCAUCCGACGAAUCACGCGACGGUGCAAAGUAUCGUGCACAUGUUGAGACAGGGUAAAGAAGUAAACGAGCCGUGCUGCGUACCUACAAAAUUACUGAGCAGUAGUAUUUUAUAUUUUGACGACGGCGAUAACGUCGUCCUCAAACUCUACGAAGACAUGGUGGCCGACCGCUGUGGCUGUCACUGAGUUUUAGAUAACUAUUUCGUAAUGUAUAUUUAUUCAAAUGUGAUCAGUUUUUGUUCAUUUUCUCUUCACUUUCUCUCUCGUUCGAAACGGAUCAAAAAAAAAAAAAAUCGAGGGCUCAAAAUACGGGUACACGCGUUUGGAAAUUUGACAAAAUAUCAUGCACGGUAGUUUUUUCCUUUUUUUUUUUUUUUUUUUCCUCUAUGUGGAAAACUAUAGCGGUCGACGGAUCGAAAUAAAUUCAGUAAGAAUGUGUUGUUAUUUAGAUGGUAUAGUAUUUUAUAUAUAGUUUAGCCACUUCCAGACGAUCGUGCAGCUGAUUGACGAGAACAAAAAAAAAAAAAAAAGUAAUUAAUUUAUGUUCGAAAAUUUUAAACGCUUGUAUUUUGUACAGUUUGGCUAUAUAUUGUAUAUAUGAUAAGAACAUUCCUAAGGACUGUAGUAUACCUAAGCCUAUGAUAUAUAAAUCCAUGUGAUAAUAACGUGGUGAUAAUUAAUAUAAUAAUAGCAAUUAUUGUACGGUGAAUAUUAAAUUAUUAAUUAUAGUCAAAGCGUCUGAUAUAAUAACGAUGUAAAUAAUAUUUUAGUACGAUUCCGUACUGUAAUCGUAGUCGUAUGGUGAUACCUAAUUUGUAUAAGAAGCUAACAAUAUAAGAUUGGUAUAUUAAGAUAUAAUAAAAAAGAAAAUUCGAGCAGAAA